CCUGCUGGCUCAGUCUGUUGGUGGAAUAGAUUUUGCUCCCAUUUCACCCUUUUCUUGAAGGCUGCAGUUGUUUGCACAGUUGCACGUUUUUUGCUCUCAGGCCGCUGAGCGGCUUAAACAGUAAAUGCAGAAGGCGAUUGUUUUGGAAGAAGGGCUUUUUGUUCCCCUUGCGGCCUCCUCCACUGAGCCGGACCGAAGGGGGGACCCUCUUGGUGCUGGCCUCCCCACUUUUCACCCAAGGAAGCAGAGGAAAGGACAGAUUGCAAAAUCUCCCGAUCUGGACUCUGACCUGGAGGCCCGGGAGGAUCUGGAACGGCAGGAGAGCAACUGUGUUAAGAGAUGUGGGCCGGACGCCGCGUGGAAGAGCUGCCCAGCCCGGCCUUCACCGUGGACCUCGAUGUGGCGAAAAGGAACGCGGAGCGCAUGGAGGAGCGUUGCCGAGACCUGGGCAUAACCCUGAGGCCUCACAUGAAAACCCACAAGACCCUGGAAGGUGGGGACCUCAUGACCGGAGGCACACGCCGGGGGAUCGUGGUGUCCACCUUGGCCGAGGCCCGUUUUUUUGCCGACGGCGGCUUUGACGACAUCCUGUACGCUUACCCGCUACCUUUUGACAAGGUGGAAGAGUGCACCACCCUCGCUGAGCGGCUAGAGGCCUUCCACGUGUUAGUGGACAGCCCCGACGCCCUGGCCCUCCUGAAGAGACGGCCUUUGGGCCACAGCAAGCGCUGGAAAGUCUGGCUGAAGAUCGACUGUGAAAAUGGCCGAGCCGGCCUGAGGCACCACGACCCGGCCGCUCUCGAGCUGGCGAAGUUGAUCGACGACGGGCUGACGGAGCUGGCCGGCGUCUACGCCCACUGCGACAAUUCGUACAGCGCCCACGGGGUGUCCGAAAUCCAGUCGGUGGCUCGGGCCACCGCUGUGCAGACUCUGGAGUUUGUGAACAAGCUACAGAAAGCUGGCAUGACCUGCCCGGUGAGCAGCACCGGCUCCACGCCCUCCUGCAGCCACCCUGUGCCCGAGAUGGCUCGGCUCAGCGAGGUCCACCCGGGGAACUACAUUUUCUACGAUGUCCAGCAGAUGAUGAUCGGCUCUUGCCAGCUGGAGGACGUGGCUGUCCGGGUUUUGACACGAGUCAUCGGCCACUAUCCGCACCGCAACCAGCUGCUGGUGGACUGCGGCUGGACCGGCUUGAGCCUCCAUAGUUUGGGCCAAUUGCCGACGGGCUACGCUCUCGUGGAAGGUCAUCCAGAGCUCAAGUUGGUGGGAAUGACCCAGGAACACGGCAGGAUCGAAUCCCUCACUGGGAAGUUAGAUUUUGCCAAAUUCCCCUUGGGCAGCGUCCUUCGGCUGGUUCCUUAUCAUGCCUGCGCCACAGCCGCCAUGCACCCCCUCUACUACGUCCACAGCGGAGGCCGCGUGGUGGCGACGUGGAAGCCCACCCGAGGCUGGUAGAGAGACGGGGGCGGAAGGAAGCAGAGAGGAAGACGGUGCGGCCAAGAAGAAUGCUUGCUACAGUCAAAAGCAAAAGGGGGGUUGUUUCUCGGAUGCAGGACAAGCUUUCUGUGACUGUGGAGAAGUUCAAUCCGUGCAGCACCCACGCGCGUGCAAUGUAUGCCCCCCACCACCACAUGGACAAAAGAAUAUCUAGCAGAUGGCUGAGAUGAUGCUCUGGAGUAGCCCACUUCUGGCCAAAACUAGUCUAAUUAUCUUAACCUGUUGAUUUGUUUUUCAUUCCCCCCCCCUUUUUUCCCGUUCCAUAU